AUGAGUGCAUUCACAGAGAAGAUCACCACACAAAGGAAAAAUAGAGAUGCUGGGAGAGGAAGCUGGUCUCCACCUUGCCUCAGUCUCAGUUCUCUUUUCUUUCCUCCUGUCUCCUUACAAAUGAAUCGCUUCCACAUCUGUGAUUCAUGGGAUCCAGUCUCAGUGGUGCUGGUUCAAGAGAACAGAAUUGAGAAGCCAAACAUGAUGUCAUUAGAACUUCUGUUCCAUCCUUACAUUUCUCAGUCACGAAAGUUGGUACUUCUGAGCCCACUUGUCUGCCGGGAGCCAGCACACGAGAUCCCACCCAUGACAAGGUCAUGA